AUGGCCACCGCCGCUACAUCCACCGGUUCCAGCCUGACACACACACCCGCAGACGGAAGCUAUGCAUCGACCCCUCACGCCUCGCUCUCGCGCAAAGGCUCAGGUGUGUUCGACUCGAGCUUUGCGCAGCUCUCGCAGCACAUGUCCGGUGUUUCACUUACCGAGGAUGCGGCGGGGGAGGCGGAGGCCGAGCAAGCGAUGCACAGCGUUGGAGGGGACACCACUCGGGCAGACGACGAAUCCUCCAACUCUGACGACUCUGAACCGGCUACCGAUGAUGAGCAAGAUGACGAGUUGUCCGCGCAGGAUGCCACCUCGCUGAUCACCGGUAAGAAGUCCGCCGGCGCCUACUUCCUCAAACCCCUCCUGAUCCAAGCCAUCCAAGAUCUCAUCGACGAACUCGAAACCGUCGACGACAACAUCUCCAAAGUCUCCCGAGAUCACAUCCACUCCGGCGAAGUCAUCCUCACACUCGGAUCCUCCGCCACCGUUGAAAACUUCUUCUCCGCUGCAGCCAAAGAUCGGAAAUUCACCGUCAUCGUACCGGAGACCGCACCGUCGUACUCGGGUCACUCGCUCGCACGAUCCCUCACUGCAUCCGGUAUCUCGGUGCUGCUCAUCCCUGACAGCUCCAUCUUCGCUGUUAUGCCUCGUGUUUCCAAAGUCGUUCUCGGAGCCCACGCUGUACUCGCCAACGGUGGAUUGAUCGCCUCUUCCGGUGCCUACGCUACCUCUCUCGCAGCUCAACAACACUCUACACCCGUAAUGAUCUUGACAGGAGUAUACAAGAUCUGCCCCGAAUGGUCGGGCAUUCAAAACUUUUCUUCGGCUACCAGCGCAGGUGCCCUAGGCCCAGCUGCACUGCUCGACUACGCAACCAGCAGCAGCAUCGUCGAACGCGUAGAAGUCGUCAGCAACGCCUUCGAUUACGUACCCCCUCAUCUGGUGGAUGUCUUCAUCACGAAUGUUGGUGAACAUCCCCCGAGCUAUGUUUACCGCUUGGUGAAGGAGAAUUAUCACCAGGACGAUAUCGUGCUUUAG